AUGGGCAUCUAUACCAAACUUCCCGAGGAGAUCCGCCAGGUGGAUGUGAUUGUAGCCGGAGGCAAGUGUUUCGUCAGAGGCACUGCAGGAUGUGUCAUUGCUUCCCGACUCGCGGAGGCUGAUCCAGAGCUCUCCAUUCUGGUUAUUGAGCAGGGCAUGAACAAUCACAACAUUCCUGAAGUAGUGUAUCCGGCUCUGUUCCCGCAGAACUUGAAGGAGGACAGCAAGACGGCCCUUUUCUGGCAGGGCAACUUCGCGCCCCAGCUAGGUAAUCGCGCGCCUGUCGUUCCAUCUGGGGGCACUCUCGGAGGCGGAUCGAGUAUCAAUUGGAUGGUAUACACGCGCGCGCAGCGCAGUGACUUUGACUCAUGGAAUAUGCCGGGCUGGUCCGCAAAUGAUCUCUUCCCGUAUCUCAGAAAGUUCGAGACAUAUCAUGGCCGCGGUGAGCGUGAGCAUCACGGAUAUGAUGGUCCGAUCAACAUCUCCAAAGGCACAUUCACUGCAAAGAGGGCAGAGAAUGACUUUAUCGAAGCCGCAGCCAAGCUUGGAUAUCGUGAGCUCAAGGACCUGCAGAAUUUGGAUGCCAACGACGGGGUCGAGCGCUGGUUGAGAUAUGUUGGACCAGAUGGACGUCGCCAGGACGCUGCGCACAGGUUCUUGCAUCCAAAGCUCCAGAGUGGCGGGUACCCGAACCUGCACGUCCUGACAGAGACUCAUGUCGUCAGAGUACUCAUUGAAGGUGGACGAGCGUGCGGUGUGGAGUACCAGCCCAAUCCAAAAUUCAGCACCGAUGAUACGAAACGAAAAAUUCGUGCCUCCAAGAUGGUCUGCGUGUCUGCCGGCGCCAAUGCUACGCCACUUAUCCUCGAACGCUCAGGCGUCGGGAAUCCCGAUGUCUUGAGGAGAGCCGGAGUGCAACUGAUCCAGCCUCUGCGAGGCGUCGGCGAUCAGUAUCAAGAUCACCAUCUAUCACUGUGGGCAUACCGUACCGAUCUGAGUCCGCGUGAGGCCAUUAAUGGCUUCAACGAUGGUCGCUUUGACGUUCAUGAAGCGAUCCGCAAGCAUGAUGAAUUGCUCGGCUGGAACUCUAUGGAUGCCAGUGGCAAGUUCAGGCCGACCGAAGCCGAUUUGAAGGACCUCUCCCCAGCAUUUCGAAGAGCUUGGGACCGGGACUUUCGCAACGCCCCAGACCGUCCACUAAUGAUCAUUGCACUAUACAAUAGUUUCUUUGGAGACUACGCAACCCUGCCUGACGAUGCAGAAUAUGUCUCGAUGGCAUGCUGGACCGCCUACCCUUACUCAAGAGGAUCAAUUCAUAUUACUGGGCCAGAGAUUUCGGAUCCCAUUGAUUUCGAUGUCGGAUAUCUGAAGGAUGCUGAUGAUGUAGAUGUGCAGAAGCAUAUCUGGUCGUACAAACUACAGCGUGAGAUGACUCGAAGGAUGAGUCUCUACCGAGGUGAAGAAGCUGGCUCGCAUCCCGCUUUUCCCAAGCACUCGAAAGCUGCGAUCGUGGAAUUCGCCGACGGCCCGGUACCAGCCAAUGCGCCCAAGAUUCAGUAUACUAAGGAGGAUGACAAGAUCAUCGAGCAGAAAGUCAGGGAGACAGUAGCCACCACAUGGCACAGCCUUGGAACUUGCAAAAUGGCACCGAGAGAGCAAGGUGGCGUGGUUGAUAACACCCUGAGCGUCUACGGCAUCAGAGGCUUGAAACUCGCCGACUUGUCGGUGCCACCGGAGAAUGUUGGUGCCAACACGAAUAACACGGCUCUCAUGAUCGGCGAGAAGGCAGCCGACAUCUUCAUCAAAGAGCUUGGCUUGAAAGCUAGGCUCUAG